AUGGAUGAUCAUCGUGUUUUGACACUCUUCUAUAUUUGGAGGAUGUACAUUAAUAUUCUUGCAAUGUCCGGAGCCACACUUAUAUUAGUUAAUGACUUUUUGAAAAGAAACCAAGAGAGAGCUCCUUUAGAGAAUAGCCACAUUAGAGAUAUCGCACGAGGUAGCGUAAUAGAUAGAAUUAUAAAAAGCAGUGAUAACAAUUGUAUUUGGGAAUUACGAAUGUGUAGGAACACUUUUUCUAGAUUGUGUGAGUUGUUAAAAGUUCAAGGAGGGUUGAUAGAGGAUGGAAAAUUAAUGAUAGAGGAGCAAGUUGCUAUUUUUCUAAAUAUAUUAGCCCAUCAUAAGAAGAAUAGAGAUAUUCAAGUCACAUAUUAUAGGUCAGGAGAGACAAUUAGUAGGUAUUUUCAUAAUGUCUUAUUUUCUGUUUUGCGGUUGCAUGAGUUGUUACUUGCAAAACCUGAACCUGUCCCACAAGAUUGCACCGAUGAAAGGUGGAAAUAUUUUAAGAAUUGCUUGGGAGCAUUAGAUGGAACAUAUAUACCAGUGACUGUAUCUGUAGCUGAUAGUGCAAGAUAUCGAACAAGGAAAGGACAUCUUCGAUGUUUUGGCUUACUCAAAAAAAGAUGGGCAAUUCUAAGGAGUCCUUCAUUUUAUCCAAUUAAAACACAAAAUCGAGUUAUAUUAGCAUGUUCUUUACUUCAUAAUUUUAUCAGGACUUGCAUGUCUUUUGAUCCUGAAGAGCAUACUCCACUUGCGGGUGAUGCAAUACCUAUAGGGGAGGAUGCAAACAAUGUAAUUGGAGUAGUUGAGCUAAGCAACCAAUGGACUCAAUGGAGGGAUGAAUUGGCAACUCAAAUGUUUGUAGAGUGGCAUGCUAAUAGAAAUAGGGCUUGA